AUGACAGACACUGAAAUAUUAACAAUCGCAUUCCACGUCCCAACAGGCCUGGAGGAUUAUGCACUAUCAUCGAUCCUUCAUCAACUAGGCGAACACAUCUCAGCCCAGAUAAAAACAGCAGCACCUCUUCACUCCUCACACGUCCUCAUCCGCUUCCCAUCCAACGCUCUCCUCACGCAAGCGAUCCAGAUCUAUGCCACAGGCGCACUAUGGGCUGUCUAUGAGGCGUUCAUCUGCGUGGCUGAGGUGUCGCUGGAUGAUGUCCACCCGGUGUUGGGGGAAGAGUUCUGGGAAAGGGAGAGGGAGAUGGGGAGGAAGGCACGAGAGAACCAGAGGGAGAACGCGCUGAGGAAACGGCUUGCCCGAGCACAUAAGGAACAAACUCAAGAGCCUAAAGAGGCAGAGGAAGGAGAGCCGCUACACGCUGAACGGCCAACACCCACGGCAGGCGAACUCCUCCUCCUCUCCUCCCUACACAAGCUCGUCACCUCCCAUUCCUCCCAACUUCAGGAAUCCAUCUCCCUCCUACACCCCCCUCCCUCCUUCCGGGCAACGUUCUCCAACCCCUCUCGCCUCCUCCCACUCUCCACUCUCAGGCGACGAGACAUCGAACGUCAUUUGGGGGACACGCUCUCCCUCUUCCUGCCUAUCGACCAGUGGAGCGUAAACCUCACAAACCCAGGGGUAGACGUGCACGUCCGUCUCCUCCCUCUCGGCCCCAAAUGGACCUCUCACACCCUCCCCCCUUUCCUCCCAGCGCCGGAGCUCACCCAGCCCCCUCUCAAGAGCCAGCAUUUUCCCCCUUCCCUCUGGGCCCUCCUCGCUCUCUCCUUCCCUCCCCCUCCCACCCCAGCGCACCGCCUCCCACCGCUCCAAGGGCCCACAUCCCUCUCCCCGCCUAUAGCCCACCUCCUAGCGCUGGUAUAUAUCUCCCUCUUCCCUAACUCUGUGGUAGUGCUCGACCCCUGCGCAGGCACCUGCUCCAUCCCACGGGAACUAGCUGCCCUAGCCAAAGAGCGCAAGCACCCCAUAUUCGUCCUAGGGGGCGACAUAUCCCUCUCUGCGCUAGCAGACCCUUGUCAGUGCAUAGAAAAGAUCCAGUACACGGCGCUCGAGAGCCUGCCACUAAGGUUCGUGGAUGGGUUCAUAACUGACCUUCCUUGGGGGACGAGACAUCUCUCUCCGCGGCAAGUGAAGGUCUUUUACCCAAAACUGAUGCUGCAUCUGGCUGAAGUCAUGCGUGCAGAGGGGAGAGGGGGAGGAGGGGGUGGGCGUGGGCGUGGGCGUGGGUGUGGGUGUGGGGGACGGGGAGGGGGAGGAGUGCUGAUGUCCGCUGCUAGAGGAGGUCUGGACCGGGCGCUGCACGGGUGGGAGAAGGAAGGAGUGAGGGAAGUUAGGGUUGGAGGGAGGGUCGUGUGGGUUUGGGGGGUUAGGAAGGUUUGA